AUGGUUAUCAAUCGCCCGCCCACCGUAAUGACCAUCGCCGGAUCAGAUUCCGGAGGCGGCGCAGGUAUUCAGGCCGACUUGAAAACCUUUCCGGCUUUGGGCGUUUUCGGCACAUCUACGUUGACCGCGAUAACCGCGCAAAACACCAUCGCUGUGUCCGCGGUUCACGAAAUUCCCACCGAUAUCAUCACCGCGCAAAUCGACGCGGUACUAACCGAUAUCGGAGCCGAUGCCGUCAAAACCGGCAUGCUUUCAUCCACCGCGAUCAUCGAAGCAGUGGCAGAAGCCGUCCAGCGGCAUCGUGUGCCGAUCCUCGUCGUAGACCCGGUCAUGGUUGCCAAGAGCGGCGACCGGUUGCUCAGGCAGGAAGCCAUCGGAGCCAUGCGUUCCGUCCUGCUCCCUCUGGCAACGGUCGUAACUCCCAAUAUCCCCGAAGCCGAAGAAUUGACCGGCAUCACCGUCGCUAACGACGCAGAUGCUCGCCGGGUGGCCCAGGCCAUCGUGGAUAUGGGCGCCAGUUCGGUCGUAGUCAAGGGCGGGCAUCGCGAUGGACCGCCAACCGAUCUUUUUUUCGAUGGCGAUGAGUUCCACGAGUUCACCACCAAAAGGAUCCCGACCGUCAACACCCACGGUACGGGCUGCACGUUUGCUUCCGCCAUCGCAUCUUACCUGGCUCACGGUGAGCCUGUCGCCAUCGCCAUCAGUCGGGCAAAAGACUACGUUACCGAAGCCAUUCGCGCGUCUUAUAGUAUCGGCAGCGGGCAUGGGCCGCUUCAUCAUUUCUACGCAUUUUGGAAAUAA